AUGGGAGACACCUCUCAGCGCGUCUGGUGGACACCUCUGGAUCCGGGUCCAGAAGGUGAUUCCAGCCUUUGCUCAGCCUGCGUUCAUGAAAACAACGUUUACAGCAGAAUAUUUCAGAUUUUGUACAGAAAUGAAGAGAUCAUUCUUAAUGAAUCAAUGAACUUCAGAGUGCACCUGCUUCUGGAUGGCGAAAGGGUGGAAGAUGCUUUGAAUGAGGCAGAUUUUCAGCUCAAGCUGGACCUGCACUUUACUGAUAGUGAACAACAGCUGAGGGAUGUUCCAGCAAUCCCCGUGAUCAGCAGCCGAACACUGUGUCUCCACUUCCACCCCCGGCGAGGUCUGCACCACCAUGUCCCUGUCAUGUUUGACUAUUUCCACCUGUCAGUGAUCUCUGUCACAGUCCAUGCGUCCCUGGUGGCACUACACCAGCCUCUGAUCAGUUUCGCUCGUCCAGGGAAAGGUUCUUGGCUUGGUAAAGGCAACCUGGAAGCGGGACCAGACCAGUCCAGUAUGUCCUUAGAAAAUCUAGUGUUUGGAGCUGGCUACUGCAAACCCACUUCUUCAGAGGGCAGCUUUUAUGUCCCAUCUGAAAACUGCAUGCAGCAUGCAUACAAAUGGCAUAAGGACCUCUGUCUUCUGCUCCUGAAUGCUCAAAGAGGACUUCACACGUAUUACACCCUCAUAAUGAAUGAGAUUCCUGAUUUACCACAGCUGAAGUUGGAGGAGCUAUCUGUGGAAGAGACGUUGUCCCAGCUUUGUAUGGAGCUGCAGCUGCUGAGCAAUCCAGAAAAGAUAGCAGAACAGAUAAGCAAGGACCUUGCCUGGCUUUGUUCUCACCUCCUGGCCCUGUGGACCCAGUUCCUAGAGGUGGCAACGCUCCAUCCAGAAGUCACAGCUUAUCUGACUCAGGAACAUCACAUGCUAAGGGUGAGGAGAUUCUCAGAAGCCUUCUUCUACACUGAGCACCAGAAACCUGCUGUGCUCACAUUCCAGGAAGGCCUGAUCCAAAGCCACGCACAGAUUUCUACAGAAAUUCGUAACUCGGAGUAUUUCACCAGCAUGCCCCCGCUGCCGGCAGAAUGCCUCGACAUCGACGGGGACUGGAACACUCUCCCAGUUAUCUUUGAAGACAGGUACAUGGAUAUGCCUUGCAAAGAUCAGAAUUUGGAAGUUUUCUCAGAUUUUGAGGUUCCUGCAAAUGCUCAAAUGGAUGUAAUAAAUGAAAAUGAAGACUGUGCAUCAAAUGAUGCCACUGCAGUAAUGAAAGGAGACUUUGGGAAAGGUAUUCCACUAAUACAUGACAGGAUAAACAGGAAUCCCUCAUGCUUAUACAGCAGUACUGAAGGUGCUGCUGAGGGUUCAAACCAGCACUCCACAUCUCAGGUAUAUACAGCGAACAAAGAAGGCCAAAGGAAAUCUGAAAAUAUUUUUGUUUCAAGAAGGGAAACUAUUUCUGACUCAGAGUCAGGCAAUACAGAACACAUGUCAGGAGACUUUGAAACACCCAAGGAAGUUUUAUUAAAAGAUAAUAGACUUGGGGCAGAUGUUACUUGUGGAGACACAAAACCUAGCAAUAAGGACUCUCACAAAAGUGAGCCUGUGUUAAUUGUCAGUGGUCAGUAUGAGUGUGGAGCAUGUGGAACUGAUGGCUCAGAAGACAGGACUGAAAUACAUGAAAUAGAUGAAUCUGGUCAUCCUGAGAAUAAUUUCACUUCAUCUGAACUUGCACUGAAUGAUUUGACCAGUCUUGAAAAACCAGAAGAUCCUGACACCAAGGCUCAUCUCCCUGUUUUGAAACCUUUGCCCUCACACUGCUUUGAAGCGAAAUUGCUCACAAAGGAGCAACGAAGUGAGGAGAGCGAAGAGUUUACCCUCAUGACAGGGGUCAUUAAAAGAUCUUCCUCUAUAAUAUCUGAUUCAGGCAUUGAAAGUGAACCAAGCUCAGUGGCGUGGUCUGAUGCUCGGAGUCGGGCGCUGGAGCUGCCCAGUGAUCGAGAGAUCCUGCACCCCUUGGUCCGGAGGCACGCCAUCCACCGGAACUCCCUGGAGGGCGGACACACGGAAAGCAACACCAGCUUGCCCAGUGGGAUCCAAGCAUCGCUCACAUCCAUCAGCUCUUUGCCUUUUGAGGAAGAGGAGCGGGAAGUGGAGCUCACCAAACUGACAAAAUCUGUCUCAGCUCCUCAGAUCAGUAGCCCAGAAGAGCCCACAGAGGAGGUGGAUAUAUCCAAACAUGGUGAGGCAACCUCAGGAGACCAAAACCCAAAAAGCUGCAUGGAAACAGAGGGUGAAGAUGGGAAAUUAAUCAUUGACUCUUCUGAGUGUCAAAUCACCACUGAAAGUGGACAAAUAGAGCCAAGACAACAUCCCAAACUCCCUCUCAAACACAGUAGCAGUAACACUGAGUUACAAGGGGAGGAGGAGAAAGGUUUUCCAGAGACUUGCUGUAGUUUGGAAAAUGCAAGACCACCUCUUUGUCCAAAGCAGCUCCAAGAUAAUGUCUCUGAGAGCCAGUCACUGGAGAGCAAUGGUGAGUGCAGCUUAAAAACACCAAGGGCUUGUAAUUACUUGGACCAAAAUAUAGAUAAGUUCGAUACAUUCAUUGAGGAUCCAAAGGAUAAACUUAAGCUGGACAAAUUAAAAAUACAACAGGGCUUCUGCAAUAGCAGAAUUUCAGGAGAGGAGAGUUUCUCUCAAAGUGUAAAGGUGGUACCAGAUUUGUGCUAUCCCAUUACAGCUCCGUCAGAGACCUCCACUGAAUUUGACUCACUGCAAGGAGAGUAUGGCAGCUCUCUUGCUGAUGAGAGCCCAGCAGUGUGUGCAGAAAUGCAGGUGUUACAAGAAAUAGAACUCAAUGACUCACCUGCCCCAGCAGACCCUGCAGCAGGGUCCUACCAGGCUGAACAUCCUCAGGAACCCAACAGCCAAGAGCAUAAACUUGUAGCGAACGGCACCGGGUUUCCUUUGGCAGUGACGGAGGGAGUAGCCCUGGAAAGCAGAAAGGCUGCUGAUGUGGUUAACCUGUCAGUCUCUUGCACAGCCACGUGUCUUCCCUUCUCUUCCGUGCUCAAAGAGACCCCCGCCAUGGUCGGCUUCUCUGCAAAGCAGGCUGUGAUCCCUAUCACGCGCCAGCCCCUGGGCUCCUUCGGAGUUGUCUCUUCUAAUUCUGAUGAGGUGGAUGAAGAGACGAACGAAAGAAUGCUGAAUUUUUAUCAGGCCAAAGAAAAAUUUAAAAAAGAAAUGAAGAUUGAAGGAUUUCUGUACAGUGACUUAUCUGUACUAGCUUCUGAUAUCCCGUAUUUUCCACCAGAGGAAGAGGAAGAAAAUUUAGAAGAUGGAAUUCACCUGGUUGUGUGCGUCCAUGGGUUGGAUGGUAACAGUGCAGAUCUGCGCCUGGUAAAGACUUUUAUAGAACUGGGACUUCCUGGUGGAAAACUGGACUUCCUAAUGUCUGAAAGAAAUCAGACUGAUACUUUUGCUGAUUUUGAUACAAUGACUGACCGAUUAUUGGAUGAAAUUAUUCAGCAUAUCCAGUUGUACAACCUCUCCAUAUCCCGAAUAAGUUUUAUUGGACAUUCUCUUGGUAACGUCAUCAUUCGAUCUGUACUAACUCGGCCCAGGUUUCGCUAUUACCUCAACAAGUUACACACUUUCCUGUCCCUCUCUGGCCCUCACCUGGGAACCCUUUACAACAACAGCACUUUGGUUAGUACAGGUCUGUGGCUCAUGCAGAAGUUGAAAAAGUCAGGGUCUCUUUUGCAACUGACCUUCAGGGACAACGCGGAUCUGCGCAAGUGUUUCCUCUAUCAGCUCAGUCAAAAAACGGGUCUUCAGUACUUUAAAAAUGUUGUGUUAGUGGCCUCACCCCAAGACAGAUAUGUACCCUUCCAUUCAGCAAGAAUAGAAAUGUGCAAAAAUGCACUUAAGGACAGACACACAGGUCCUGUUUACGCAGAGAUGAUUAACAACCUGCUCCAGCCUUUGAUUGGGGCAAAGGACUGCACUUUGAUCCGACACAACGUGUUCCAUGCCCUGCCGAACACGGCCAACACGUUGAUAGGCCGGGCUGCCCACAUUGCCGUGCUGGACUCUGAACUUUUCCUGGAGAAGUUUUUCCUCGUGGCAGGACUCAACUACUUCAAAUAGUGCCUGAAGUACGGGGUAGCAGAGGCCAAUCUUUUCACAGAACAGAGGAGAAUCCCUUAGCCAAAGGAGUGCAGUGUUAGAAAUGACAUCAGGUGGGACUUUCAAACUUUCCAUUUCCAUUUCUCUUUCAGAGAAUAAAGUGCUAUGGCUUUAAGGCAUUCAAGCUUCCAAGUAUUGGUGCUUUUGGAAGAAAUAAAUAUUCCUCUUCGGUUUCUAUGUUCUUUGUCCUCAUAAAGACAUGAGCCACUUCUGGACUACAGAAUCGGAAUAAGCAGGCUAAUUCUCCAAAUGUGUUUGGACCAAUCUAAUUCCUGUUUCUCCUGAAUAUUAAUCCAGGAAUUUGUCUGUCCUUGAUUUAAUGCUUAUUUAUGUAUUAACAAAGCUAUACAUUUGUAGCACUUUUGGGGUAGUUAACACAAGAGGAAACAAGUGUAUGUGAACUCAGGUUAAAUCCUCCUUUGUGAUGAGCUGAGAAGUCUGAAAACCAUUUAUGAAAGUUUCAGUAUUUCUGUUUGUUGCAAGAAAAUAUUUGGAUGAUUCCAUUACUGGUUAUAAUUUGUAACAUACAUUAAUUGUAACAUACACAAAUUCUACAUUCAAAUAAGGGAAAGGAGUGAAAUAUUUUACAUAAAAUGAAGAAAAAUUGGUAUUUGUCUUUAAAAAGAAACCUCAACUUUAAGUUGGCAAGAAUUUUAUUCAAAUAAGAAGCUGCCAAACCAAGAGGAGUCUACUGGAUUACUUGUAAAAUAUCAGUGGCAUCUGUUCACAUUUCUUCUGUUUACAUUUAUUGUGGUUGUUAUAACCUUAGAGGUACAGUUUUUACUUUUACCUUUGUAUGCAAGUACAUUUACCCUGACAAUUUUAUUUAUUUAUUUUUUAAUUAAUUACUCUGAUUUGAAAUUCAAAAUACCCUUAAAAAAACCCAAACACUUAAAAAAAAAAGGCUGGAGAUGUAGAAUAGUAAGGAUUGUGGAAAAAGAAUGUCUUCUUAAGAUCCUCUGCAAUACCCUAUGAAUGUUUUGUUAAUACCCCUUUCCAGUGCUGUAUAGUCCUAAUUAUUAUAUAGUUUCAGGUGGUUCGAACAUUUAAAAAUUUAUUCAUGCAAAGAUAUCCAAGUUCUUUUUAAGAGUUUGGAAAAGAACAUUUUUCUCACUUUUUAUUUUUUUUCAUCAAAUUUUCAUUAAAUAUUUAUCAAAAAAUUAUCAGAUUUAAAGUGGCAAAUUUCAAUAACUUUCUGUACAUUUUCAUAACAUUUUGAUAAAUUUUCAAUGUCACAGCAGUUUUUUCAAAAAAAGAGAAAAUGAAUAAUCCUUCACAAUUAUUUUUGUUUGAAAGGUAGGCUAUUUUUUAAUGCAGAUAUAGUUUGUUUAAAAACAUAAAUAAACAGGUCUCUAUAUCUUGUAACAAAGACUGUAAAAAAAUUACAAAGAUGGUUUUAAGUGUCAAGGCUCUCAUCAGUAAAUUAAGAUCAAAAUAGUGGAGAUUUCUGAAAUAAGAGAAUAAAAAUUGCAAACAGAAAACCUCACAACCACAGGAAAACAUUUGUACAUGCAAAAAGUAAAACUAUUUUUUCUCAAAAGAAAAAAUGUAAACAAUUUACACAAAAUCAGUUCAAGAAAAGAGUUGUUAGCAGGCUGGCAAACGCCGAUAAAGAACAAGUCUGGUUUGAUAAAGUAGGCAUUCUUCUCCUUAAUAAGGAAGGAGAAAGAAGGAAUAUACCAAAGAGUGAGAUUAAGAUCAACUGAAAAUAAGAAGGCAUAUUACAUGUAAAAAUCUCGUGCCCUCAAAGGGGCAGAAAUUAUAUAGAAAGAGUUCCAUGGUGUAAUUCACUCUCAACAAGUUUUUUAAAUAUUAAAUAUUACCUCAGUAUUAUAAUUAAAUAGAUAAAUACUAUUUUCUCUUUUUUUAUUUCUUUUCCUUUUUAUAAAUUGACAAUUAAAAGUAAAAAGUCGAUUUUAGCCCAUUAACAAAUAAAUUAUGUCAGGAAUUAAGAACUUCUCGGUUUCACUUCUUGUUUGGAAAUUCCUUCUCACUUUUCAGCCUCAGCUGUCUAAUGCCACCUACAUUGACAUAUCACAGCUUACUUCUUCCUCGGUAAAUUGUCUAGAGAAUUUUAAUAUUAUGGGAUGUGGAGGUUGAGCUGUUAUACAGUGCAGUAUUUUUGAACCAGGACAUGGAUUUUAUGUGAAAAAAACAAGAAACAAAAGCAAUCUCUAACCAUCAGCAAGCUUCAGUGUGCUGUAUGAGGGUUUUGUCCACUUGUAGAAAAUGUUCAGGAGUCUGCCACCAGAAAAUUCGGAAAAAAUAUUUAGAAGGAAGUUAGUUUACACCUACAUACAUGCCUGAUGUGUGUGUGUAUGUAUACAGUCUGUAUGAAGAAAUAUGCUUAUGUCAAAGUCUCACACCAACUUUUGCAAUCCUGGGUGUACUGAGCCUGACAAGGUACCAGUGUAACUGUUCUUCCACUCAGAUUGGUGGUUCUUGCCUUGCCUUGUACACUGGACAGCAUUCCCAGCCUUCUACUUGCAUGACUGUGAGACAAGGGACAUGUGAAAAGAUCUCUGUUUUGCUGCAGAAGUUGGUGGGCCUUUCCAUGUGUUCACUUUGACAUCCUACACUCCUACCAGUGCUCUGACUGAUGGAGAAAUACACCUAAAGGUUUCAGUGCUCCUAUACAUAUGGAAUUCUUUGAUGGCUCAGUCUGAUUUCAGAAUUGGAAUGUAUAUGCAGUUGGCUUAGGUCCAUAAAACUUACACCUUGUGGGUUAUGGCGAGAGCUUCUAUCGAGCCUCAGAAAAAUCUGGGAGAUGUCAUUCCUAUCAAAAGAUAAGAUACAGAUUUUAUCUUCCUUCUGCUGGCAGAACAUUGUGGGAUAUAUUGGCAGUAACGGUCUAAUUGAGUUUUCAUUUUAACAUUAUCAGAACAACCUCCCUCUCUUUUUCUUCUUUAUUUUUAACAGUAUGUUGCCUUCAUAAUGACUCUCAAUACUGUAAACCCACUUAACUGUAUAGACUAUACUGCAAAGAAAUCUGCAUUUUCAUUUCAAUACAAAUAGUAGCUAAAUUGCUGGACUUCAUCAGCUAUAGCAAUCAGCAUGGACUUAUUUUCAGAUUUUUUGUUUGCACAGAAAGAAUUAUACAUUAAAAAUUAUCUUCAUAAAAAUAGCAAACUAAAUGCACAGUUAGCAUCUUUGUUUCUGUCUCAACCAUUGGAAUUUUAAUAUAUUGUUCUUUCACGUAAAGCCUUUUAAAAUAAAUUUAGCUGCAUUUGCAAAUGUAAACUGCACAAACUCCCCUUGGCUUCGUGUGUCUAUGGGGGUAGGGUUAAACUUUUAAGCUCAGCUCUCACAUUUAUAGAGGAUAAGAUAGUUUUUCAAAACCUUGGACAGAGGAGGGACAAACAGGAGUUUUUUGUAGCUUGUCAGUGUCAGUGUUUGCUGUAUGUGAAGUGAAACCCCCUUCAAUUCCGUGAGAUUCUUCAGUUAAGAAAAAAACAAAGCCAGCAUUCCAAGGUUGUUUCUUUGGCAUGUAGGAAGAUUUAUAACCAGCAUGGAGGAUCUCCUGGCUCCACCAGGUGAACUGCAUUUCUUCUGGAAUUGAAUAUUUUUUUUCUUAAAUCUGACUGAAAAGAAAUUGCAGUAGUGACUAAGUGUGAGUAGAUGAGGGACAGAAGAGUGAGUUCUUUCUUUCUGCAGGUGGGCUGAGGAUUUUCAGAGCUGGUUUUGAAUCUCCUGGAAAUUGAAGAUCCCAUCUCCUGUAUCCUCUGGAGAUGUUUCUACUUGGAGAAUCAUAGACUUUGGCUGGUCUAAUUUCAUUACUUAAUUUGUGCUUAAAAAUUAGUUGCAAAAUGAAUUUAUUCUAUGAAAAUAAAAGUCUUCAUUUCUCUAUGUAGUCAGUGACAUUCAGGAUUACUUACCUCUAUUCUCUGACCAGGGGACUUAUAAUAAGACUCACUUUUUAGAUAUCUAAGACAUAGAUCAAAAUUGGAGGCCCAGCAUUUGAGGACUAGAUGAUCUUCUUAUUAGCUCUUCAGUUUUUCAUACUUGGGCACAGUUUUUGACUGUACACCUUGAACAAAAGCAAACACUGAAUAUAUAAAUCAGACUCCUUUAAAAUUUUCAGGAAAUGUGUCUUUUCCCAGCCUCCAAUGGAUGCUCAUUUUCUUUUUAAUGAAAUUUAUAAUUUGUUUUCAAAAUCAGGUCUGUCCACUGACAAUAGGGGAAGUUGAAAUUUCUUAGCUUUAAAGGAUUAUUUUUUAAAGACUUGAAACCUUAGUACAGAGCUUUGGAAUUACUUACAGGAAUACUGAGCACUAUUUCACUUCAAAGUACUUCAUAAAUAUCCACUGACCAAUCCUCUUCACUCCCUCACCAGAGAAGAGCCACACUUGAGAGAUAAAGCUGUUACAAGACAGUGUGAAAACUGGGAAUUCAAGCAAGUUUUCAUUAUUUGUAGGUUUCUAUGGUGCUUUUUGUAUGCUAAAAAAAAAAAGUUAUCUUCCUUUAUACCUCUGCACUUGAAAUAGCUAAGUGGUGAUGAAGGAGAAAGGUGAGAACUUCUAAUAACAAGGUUAGACUCUUGUGCAGGUUUAUGAAAAUAUUCCAUGAAAUUUAAUAUGUAAUGAAUAGUCAUGGGGCAUUUCUGCAGCAGUCUUAGCAUGCAAAUAUGUGUCAGCCAGCUGAAUGAUUAUUUUCUUUGUGGACUUAAAUUUCCAUUUAUAAAUUAUCGUCAGAACAGCCUAACAUAUUUCACUCCAGAUGGUUAUUUAAAUGUCAAAGGUCAUGUCCAUGGAGAACACUUAUCGAAUGUUUUCCUUUAUUAUAAUACAUAUGCUCAGCAAUUUUGAUAUUGAAUGUUGUUACAUAAUUGACAGUCUCUCGCUCAAAUUACCUCCUCCCCAAAUUUUCAGUGUUUGUUUAAUCAUUGAAUUGGUUUCAGGUUGUAAAUCAAUAUAAAUACAGGUCUAUUGGAGUCAGAGUUCAUCUUCUUUAAUGCAGUUGCUUUAUGGUUGUAGUGUCAGAGUUUCAGGGCAAAUAAUCACUGAAUUAAAAAUUAGGCCAAUUGUGGUUGGAGUCAUAAAAUACUGAGUCUGAGACUUGUUUAGCUGCAGUUCAUUCUUCUCUGGUUUGGUUUUACCUUUUGAGUCAAACACAAUCACAGCAAGAUUGUGCCUCUGGCUGUGUUCAUGGUUCCCUUAAUUUACUAUUCUUUCAGAUGCCUAAAUUGCCCUAAACUGCUGUUCUGUUUUGUCCAGACAUCCCCCCAUUUGCAUGGUCACCUUUCCAUGACCUGACUGCACCUCCUUCAGAGACUGCAAAGUAGUGCAGAUGUGCAUUCACAAAUAUAUCCAGCACUGUCAUUCCAUUUAUCCAGGAGUGGGACAUCGUGGUCUCGCAUUCAUUCCAGUCAAUUUUCUCAGCCAUUUAUGAGGACUGUUAUGCACCUAUCCAGACAUGUUACAGAUAACAGAAUAUUUUGUUUCAGAAGGAACAGUUGGAAAUGUCCCAGUCUAAUUCCUGUUCAAAGCAAGAUUAUCAUGAGCAUCAUGGUAAGGUCAGCCCUGUCUUUGUCCUCCUGCGUCUUGAAAACACCUGGUGAUGGAUAUACUACAGCUCCUCUGGAUUGCCUUUUCAGGUGCUGUACAUCUCUCAAAAGGAAGGGGAAAAAAGAUAAAAUCUAAUUUGAAGUUUCUGAGCUGCAGUUUCUUCCUCUUAUGUUUUCUUAUCCCACCUUUUUAUUCUACAGGGGCAGUCUUGCUUCUGGUGUACUUGAAACUCCCUUUUCCUUACCUUCAGACAGCUCUUUGUGAUUUGGCAUCCUUUCUGCUGCACUACAUAACCCAAACUCAGCCUUCUGAGGCAACUCAGAAGCUGUGUGCUUAGACUGUCUUGGUAAUCCUUUACUGGGCCCUGUCCAGUUUCUCAACACUGAACUGGGUUUAGGAGGCUCCAGGCACUGACAAACUUCCUUGGAUGGUAACUGCUGCAAACACGUGCCUUUUUUUCUGUUCAGGAGGGCCUCAGUGGCUGCUGGCACUCAUCACAUCCUCUUCCUAACUGAGGCUCUAAUCCAAAGAGCUGGAGCUGUUCUCCUAUUCCUACAAUUUCAAUCUUCCAGCUUGCAGCCCCCUGUGAGUUAACCUUUACUUUGGGCACAGCAGCUGCUGUUUCUUCUCUAUUUUAGUAAGACUGUAUAAUACAUAUGCACUUCCCUAAGAGAAAUCCAUGCACUGAAUAAAAAUACUUAUGAAACAGUUUAAUCAGUCUUAAACAGACUGCUUUAAAUGCAGAUGAGUCAUGCUUUCCCCUCAUAGGAUAAAAGCAUAAAGAAUAAAUAUGUAUAAACUUUUCUUAUGCAAAAGGUCAGACUAAAUUAACUUCUGUUACAACCUUGAAACUUGAUUUCUCUGCUUUUGAAAAUUCAAUUCUCUAUUUUCACCCAAAGUGCUGCAAGUUCCUAUUAUCUGAGUAGAAAACUAACCAUAUCUGUCUGAAAUGGAUUUGCACACAUAGGUGCCACAAGUCCAUUGGCUAUAUGCUAAGUGCACGGAGCUUCACGUCUUCAAGUAUCUUCUGCCUCUGAAAAGAUGAAACUGUGACACAGUGAAUAGGUCUGCUCUUGCUGCAAUCCAGCACGCCUUCCAGUCUUUGAAAGAUAUCAGCUACAAACACAAACUACUUAUCCAAAGGAACAAAUAAAAACCUUCUCCACAUAAAAGUCCAGUCUCCAGUAAUUAUUUUUUUUUUGAAGUGGGUAGUUUUAGUACAGCAAUGGUCUCAAUUAUUCUAUGCAUCCCAUAAAUGGGGUUACACUCAUAAGUAAACAGAUUUUGGUGCUGAAAAUUCCAAUAUUUAAGCAACUAAUUUAAGAAGUUUAUCAUUCCUUCCUGAAAGUAUAAGUGCUAGCAGAAAUCUACCUGUUCCAGUCCAGGAGACACUUCUUCUUUGCUACUUUUAUAUGGAUAAGACUCUGUGCAUCAUUCCCAACUGUGGAAAGAUGUCCAGGAAUUUCUGAUACAAUGUCAUAUACCCAGCUAUAUGCAUGGGAAAGGUUGAAGAAUAGAUUGUGGGAAGUUUUUUGAUCUAAGAUGAGUCAUCACUUUCAGUAAAAACGAUAAUAUAAAGUAUAGUUCUUGUAUGUCAUCUAUACCACAUGAUGUAUACCCUACCUACAUAUGUACACAGAAAGUGUCUUUUCCCAUAUGAGAAAUACGUUAUUUCCAUAUGUGGUGUCUGUAUGUUCCCAGACACGUUGUAUAUGUACCAUACCCUACUUAGAAGGAAGCUGGUGGUGAUCAUUGAGUCUGACAGGUUUCUAUUGCUUUUGGGGCGAAUUUAUGUUGAUUAUCCUCCAGAGCUCUGGUGAAAGAGCUGCUUGUUGGCUUCACCCACCUCAUUGGAGGAGAGAGAUUGUUUUGUAGAGCGAUUUGUCAACCUCUUGGCACACCACUAACCAACUAAACUUAUCUGAGCAGUCCUGCAUUUAUGUGUGUUAUCUACCACCUCCAUGGUUUCCAUGGUCAAUGCAACAUGUCAAACUGAGCUGCUCUAUCUCCUGAGAAGGAAGCUUAUCACCAUCUUUUAAUUUUCCUUCACAUCAAUCCUCUUCAGCCAAGCAUUCAUUUUUAAGCUGAUAGACCAAUGAUUUAUCAGCUUUGCCACUCUUCUUACUAAUUUUAGUCUUGUAUAUAUUUGACUAUGCAUGCAGUUUGGGAAAUUAACUAUUUCUUUUUUCUGCAGUUAAAUCUUCUCAUGAAGUAUGAGGCAGAUCAGUCUAGACAAAUCACAGUAUUCCUUUGCAACUGCAUAUCCAGGAAAAAAACCACACUGAAACCCCACUAAUAUUUUGUAGUGCUUUCUAUGUUUAUUUUUCACUGUGUUUAUCUUGCCAAGAAAAAAGAUACGUAAUGUUUUGUCCCAUGCCUUUUUGGAUCUCCAGGUGAGUCAGAGUUUAGAUACAGCUCUGAUAGAUUAAGAAGGCGAAGAUAAACCCUUUAUUUGUCUAGGAUGUGACAGGAAUAUACCCCACCAAGAUGGCAAUAAUGACAGGGAAAGCAAAGAGAACAACUUUCCAAAUGCUACUCAAUUCACCAAAAUAAAUCACUCCAGAGUAUUAUUGGAUAUUUGGGAAAAGUAUCAGUUCAAAACUAAACCACAGAUCAACAUAUUCCAAAACACAAAGUUCAGAAAUAAAUUGAAACUUGUGUUGAUGUUUUACUACUUUGAUUUGUCUCUAAUAAUAAGAUUCCUUAAAUGCUGUACACUUUAACCUAGAACUUGUUUUCUUGGACUUAAACUAUGAAUUUAUUUAUUAUUGAGGGGUUUUUAGCCAGAGUCUCAGACUCAUGCCUCAGUCAUAUUUAUAACUCCCUUAAUAUAUCCCUAAAUCUUUUUUUAGAAAAAAAUAAAAAUCUGGUCUUAAAUCUACAUCUUUUAAUUAUGCUUAAACAAUUAACCACAGCACUUGAGACAGAGAGUUAAACCUUCUCUAUUUGCAGAAUUACCUUCAAUGAACAGUACAAGCCUUAAUAGGGAAGAUCUGUCUACUGGGAGAUUUUCUUUCUUGUUUAGAAGGAGUUUAUGUUUAUGAGUCUAAUUUAGUCAAAUAAAGACAGUAAGUGAAUUCUGUCCUCUUUCUUAGCCCUCUGUUCCAUGCUGUAAAUUCACAAUCAGGCACUUAAAACUAAACAUUCCAGUUAUGUUAUAAACAAAAUACAUCUGUGGGGUAGGUCUUGAUUUAUGUUACGUCUUUCCUUGUGUGCAAUGUAUGAACACAGUUACUUUGUUUUUGACACUGGAACCACUAUUGUGGUUUAAGAGUCUUGGAAACCUUGAUGAAACUUUCUUCAAAGUUUAUUAAAAUUGUAACCCUCAAAAUCAAGCUUUAACUUUUUUAAUAGUUAAAGUUGGUAAUGUCAUCAGAAGUAACCUCAGUUUUACAGUAUCUAUUCAAAUGGAACACCUUACUUACGCUGCUGGAUUAAUUCUCAGCUCAAUGGUAACACCUAAAAUGUGUUACUUAUAUGAAGGACUGUGGUUGAUGCCCAGUUCCUGGAAGUAUUCAAGGCCAGGUUGGAUAGGGCUUGGAGCAACUGGGUCAAAUGUGUACACCUUCACUCUUCCUCAACUGACAUAUGGAAUAGAAUGCUGUGAACAGGAGCAAUGUUCUGUGAAGAUCCUCAUCCUGUGGUUCAAAGAGUUAUAUUUUACUUAUUUUAUUAAAUAUUAAGAAAAUAUGUCUUGGAAUUAAAACCUACUGUUUCCUGUAAAUAAUUAGCUCUGAAAGUGCUUUUCUUUAAGCACACUCUUACAGUUUUUAGUUAACAAACGCAAGGCUAGAAAUUUUUUUAAAAGAAAUUAUAUGUUUUGUUUUGGGGGUUUCUUGGUUGUUUUUUUUUUCAGAUAAGUACCUGCCAAAUACUAUUGGGCUGAGUUUCAAAUAAUUAAUACUUUAAACAUUUUUACUUUUCGUAAAAAACCUAUACGAAUUCAAGAUCUUAGCCCCUGAACUUAAUAACAAUUUGUACUCUUGCAUAGUGGAUGUACAAUACUAACAUUGGAUAUAUGCCCAUGUUUGUGCACACAAACUGCAAAGCAAAGCAUCAGAGAUAUAUCCUUCUCCCAGUAAUUCUUUUGGGGCUGAUUGCUCAGGAUAAGCAAUAUGCAUGAUAUAACUGGUGCAUGUAACAGUAAGUGCAACCUUCUGCAAAUUUGAAUUUAAAGACAGUAACUUGAUACUGAGGCUGAACUUUGUAGAUGUAGAUUUUUAAUUAUAACUAUUUCUGUGGUCUGAAUAUGAGUACAGCUGAUUCUGUCAUGUGACACUACAGGUUGGACUUUUAAAUGAGACAUUAUUACAUUUGAUUGAGGCAGUUAUGUUUCUUGAAAAUUGUAUUUCAAAUCAGACAGAAGAGGCAAUAAUUAGAGGCUGAGAGGAGUGAAAAUCUGUACCAUUUAUUUAUUUGUUUUUGAGAAACCAAGAUUUACAACACAUGCUUUUUCUGCCUCUCUCUAAUUUACUUCCUUUUCCCUAAUGAACAUUUGUCAACUGUCACACACAUCAAUUUUCUUUAGCUAUGUCUAUCAAGAUUUAAGUGAGACUUAUGUUGAAGAACCAAAACUAAUCUCACAAAGUGGAAACAAAUGAAGUUGAGUCAAUUCCGUGAUAUUUUAGGGAAAACAGAGAUGCAAAUCAAUUUUCUUGAAAUGUAGGUUCUGACUCAACAGCAUUCACAAGGUCUUUACUAAAGGUCUGAUCCUGAGAAAUGCUGGUCAAAGGAACUCUUGAUAUAAUGGGUGAGAUGCCUAAGUGGAUUAACCUGAUGAAGAGCUUUAUACAGCCUGAGGAUCUUAUGGAAUGGCAACUAGCAGCAUCCGUGGCAUCUCAAAAUCAGACCACCAGAAGAUAGCAAAUGUUCUGGGUUCUUUUUAAAGCCAAUUUUCCAGUUGGUCAAAUGUAUUUUAAAAGUAACGUCUUCUUAGACAAAUACAGACCUCUCCAAGGGAUCAAGUCAAUGGAUUAAUGUGGACAGAUCCUUAUAGGUUAAGGGAAAGGGCUUUUCAUUUUUAAAUCUACUACUUUUAAUCAUGACCAUACAAAAAAGCUGAAGAAAUAUGACAUGGUCCCUUGUAUAAACAAGAUCAUGAAUGUAAAGCUUAUAAUGCCACUGUGAAAUUUCAAUGCUUAUUUAUUAUGGUUAUGAUGAAACCUGUAUAAUAAGAUGAUGAUGAUAAUAAUAAUAAUAGUAAUAAUAAUAAUAAUGAAUAGACAUCAGUGCCAAUAUGAUUCUACUAUUUUUCUACAUAUGCUUUAUUGUGGCAUUUUGUGUAGCUUGUGUUAUGUGUAAAGAAAUGUCAAUAAAAUCUUUGCUUCCUUUUGUCUGUA